CCCAGAUAUUACAGCUGUGAUCAGGAGGUGGAUGGCUAGAUGGAUGGAUGGACGGAUAGAAAGAGAUAGUUUUUAUUUCAGUGCGUGGAUUCCUUUUGCUUGACGGUAUUAAGGGCAGGCUGGGCUGUUUACGGGUUUUUGAACAGACCUUUAUGGCACCAGCCCAAGAUACGUCAUGACGGAUCAAACAGUUACCGUUUGAUGCAGCUUGGAUGCCUGGAGUCUGUGGCCAACUCGACCGUCGCCUAUUCCUCCUCAUCUCCUCUCACUUACUCUACCACGGGCACCGAGUUCGCCUCCCCGUACUUCUCCACUAACCACCAGUACACCCCACUGCACCACCAGUCCUUCCACUACGAGUUCCAACACAGCCACCCGGCAGUCAACCCCGACGCUUACUCCUUGAACUCUCUCCAUCACUCCCAGCAAUACUACCAGCAGAUCCACCAUGGGGAACCCACUGAUUUUAUCAACCUGCACAAUGCGCGGGCGCUUAAGUCCUCUUGCUUGGACGAGCAGAGGAGAGAGCUGGGGUGCUUAGAUGCUUACCGCCGCCACGACCUGUCUCUUAUGAGCCAUGGAUCCCAAUAUGGGAUGCAUCCAGAUCAAAGACUCCUGCCAGGACCAAGCCUCGGGCUUGCAGCCUCGGGAGCAGACGAUUUGCAGAGCUCAGUGGAGGCCCAGUGUGGACUUGUACUGAACGGGCAAGGAGGUGUGAUAAGAAGAGGUGGCACCUGUGUUGUUAACCCCACCGACCUGUUCUGCUCUGUUCCUGGUCGCUUAUCUCUACUUAGCUCCACUUCGAAGUACAAAGUGACCAUUGCAGAGGUGAAGAGGCGCCUUUCACCACCAGAAUGCCUAAAUGCUUCCCUCUUAGGAGGUAUUUUGAGAAGAGCAAAAUCCAAGAAUGGAGGACGCUGUUUGCGAGAAAAAUUAGACAGACUGGGACUGAAUUUGCCUGCAGGAAGAAGAAAAGCAGCAAACGUCACACUCUUGACUUCCUUGGUAGAAGGGGAAGCAUUACAUUUGGCCAGAGAUUUCGGCUACACCUGUGAAACAGAGUUCCCUGCCAAGGCGGUAGGAGAGCACAUUGCCAGACAGCACAUGGAACAGAAAGAGCAGACAGCGAGGAAAAAGAUGAUCCUAGCAACAAAACAAAUAUGUAAAGAAUUCCAAGACCUUCUAAGUCAAGACAGAUCACCCCUCGGAUCCUCCAGACCGACUCCAAUAUUAGACCUCGACAUCCAGAGACAUUUAACACAUUUCAGUUUGAUCACUCAUGGUUUUGGAACUCCUGCAAUAUGUGCUGCCCUAAGCACUUUCCAAACUGUUCUCAGUGAAAUGCUGAACUACUUGGAAAAGCACACAUCGCACAAAAACGGAGGAGCGGCGGAAUCCGGCCAAGGACACGCCAACUCGGAGAAAGCCCCCCUGCGGAAAACUUCAGAGGCUGCUGUGAAAGAGGGCAAAACAGAAAAGACAGACUAACUACAUCAAACAGAAUCUAUUUCAAGAGAGUCUUGCUGCUGAUAUUUUUUUUUAAAUAUAUAUAUCAUUGAGGGCGAUUUAUCUCCAGUGGACCAA